AGAGGAGCACUGCCACUGGUCGUGUUUCUCUGAGCGCCAUUGUUCGAAUUUUAGGGAUUGGGAGCUUGGGGUUCCGCGAGCGAUGGCGCGGUAGGGAUAUCUGGCAAGGCGCGACGAUCGAUCGUAGCUAGGGCUAGGAAGAAUGUCGAGGAAUGCGGCGCUCUUCGACACCGUGUUCUCGACCAGGCGCUCCAGUGCUUUGAUUGUUUCGCAUCCAGCAGCGGCGGAGGUGUCGCUGGCGUCGGCUUGUUUGCCUUCUUCUACGCUCCACUACAAUGCCAGGCACCUGAGAAUCAUCGCUGUGAAUGGAUGGUGCUGGAACGAUCCCCGGUGCUCGAGCAGACGAUCGUCAUCGAGAAAGUUCGUGGCUUGCCGCGCAUUUGAGACGUCCGAGGCCGAUACAACUAGUGACAGAGCAAAGGAGGAGUCUUUAGCCGGGGGAAAUGGAGCGGCAGCUCCAGCGGGACAAGAGGAUUACCCUUCCGGCGAGCUCGAGUUUCAUGCAGCCAAUGGUUGGCAAGUUUUCUUGAUAAAGCUCAAGAUGCUGAUCGCGUGGCCAUGGCAGAGGGUCAAGAAAGGAAGCAUUUUAAAGAUGAAGAUCUCGGGCGAGAUCACAGAGCAGCUACAAGAUAAGUUCCAACCAGGCAUCUCGCUUCCACAAAUCUGUCAAAAUCUGAUCAAGGCUGCUCAUGAUCCUCGCAUAGCAGCAGUGAUCGUUCAGGUGGAGCCUCUUUCAUGUGGAUGGCCCAAAGUUGAUGAGAUUUGUCGACAUAUUGAGUACUACAAGCAAUCUGGCAAACCACUUGUUGGCUACUUAGCAGUAGGUGGGGAAAAGGAAUACUACCUUGCGUGUUCUUGCGGGGACGUGUUUGCACCACCUGGAGCAUACAUUUCUUUGCUUGGCUUAAAAGUCCAAGCGCAAUUUGUUGGUGGUGUGCUUGAGAAAAUCGGGGUACAGCCACAAAUUGAACGUAUUGGAAAGUAUAAAAGCGUUGGAGAUUUACUCUCUCGUAAAGAUAUGUCCGAUGCAAAUCGAGAAAUGCUUACAGCUAUUCUUGAUGAUGUGUACGAGAACUGGCUCGACCGUAUCGCAUCUGUAAGAGGUAAAACAACGGCUGAGGUGGAAAACUUGCUUGAGGAGGGCAUAUUUGAGAUAGAAAAGCUACAUCAGCAAGGGUGGAUCAGCGACGUGAAAUACGAAGACCAGAUUGAGGAGAUGCUCAAGGCAAAGCUUCAAAUAAAGGAUGACAAAAGUCCCAAGUACGUCGACUACAGGAAAUAUUCAAGAGUGCGAGAGUGGACCUUAGGCUUGUCAGGAGGCAAGGCCGAUAUUGCAGUCCUACGAGCUGUCGGUAAUAUCUCCCGGCAAAAGCAAAUGGGCUUCACUGGAAGUGGCAUUUCUAGCGACGCAUUCAUUGAGCAGAUUCGGCAAGUACGAGAGGCCAAGAACUUUAAAGCCGUUGUUCUCAGAAUUGAUAGUCCUGGAGGUGAUGCACUUGCAUCGGACCUCAUGUGGAGGGAGUUGAGGCUGUUGGCAGCGAAAAAACCAGUGAUUGCUUCUAUGGUGGACGUAGCAGCAAGCGGAGGCUACUAUAUGGCUAUGGCAGCUGGGGUAAUAGUUGCUGAACGCCUUACACUUACUGGCUCAAUUGGGGUCGUUACUGGAAAACUUAAUCUCGGUAAGCUUUACGAGAGAGUAGGCUUUACCAAAGAGGUUAUUUCAAGAGGAAAAUUCGCGGAGCUGGACGCUGAACAAAGACCAUUCAGACCCGAAGAAGCGGAGUUUUUUGGAAAAUCUGCAAAGACAGCGUACAAACGUUUCAGAGACACUGCAGCACUCUCCAGAUCGAUGCAAAUUGAAAAAAUGGAAGAGGUAGCACAAGGGCGUGUAUGGACCGGGAAAGCCGCAGCAGCACGCGGGCUAGUGGACACUCUUGGUGGUUUUUCCAAGGCUGUUGCAAUUGCCAAACAGAAGGCGGGAAUCUCGUUAGAGUCAAAGGUUAAACUUGUGGAGCUCUCUCGCUCGAAACCAAACAUCGUCUCCUUUCUCAGGGGAGGAUUACAACUUCUUGUCCUGCUCCCGAGACUACUGGACGAGCUGAAUGGCAACACGGGCUUGGCCUCCGAGAUCCGAGCCACCAUGGACAACAUCUCCGUUGAGGGACAAUCAAGUGAAGAGCGCACGUUUUUUGAACUUCUGGAGCUUUUACUGAGAUAGAAGCGAAGAAAGAUCAUCAGAGAAAAUGAUGGUUCAUAUAUUCGCUUGACGUCAGCAACGGUUACCGACUAUAACCGUUCUUCACACGGUUGUGAACAUCCCCUGUUUUUGCGGAACGCUUUUACUCUUUUCGCGAGGA